AGCAGGGCGGGGAUUCUUUUGUGACCUUUUUUCAAUGUGUGCGCCCACCAAAAAAAAAAGAAGGUUUUAACGACAGUUACAAGAUCAUACUGUAACUAUGGGAACAGGGUCUAAAAAGAUGUCAAAGUUUAAAUUCGACUCUAUUUUUUUGAUGUAUAAGCAGUUUUAAAAAGAAGAGAGGGGGCAAUCCAAGAAGAUAAUUUGACAUUCAUCAAAUGUGUAUGACAAGUGUGAAUGUAACUCAGUUAUUUUUGUAAAAAUUCGCCCCCCGUCCCUAUUGCUUUCCCCUUUUUCUUGUUUUUUCCCUCCCUUUUUUUUUUUUUUUUUAAACAUUGGAGUUCAUCAUCAUGUUUCAACCAAAAGAGAAAAUUAAGGUGCCACGAAGUUUGAGAACAGCUCGACUGUCCGUUGUCAAGAAUAAGAUCUCUACACCUGUUAUUCAAACCACCACCGUUGCACCCAAGAAAGUCAUCAAGGCUUUAUACGAUUACCAGGCACAAAGUCCCAACGAGCUAUCCUUCACCCGAGGCGAUUUCUUUUUGGUGACCGGUGCUGAAGGCGAAAGCAGUUUUUAUGAAGCCUUUAAUCCAAUUACAAAUUCACGUGGUGUCGUACCUGUGCCCUAUUUCCAAAUUUUAGAAAAACAUGAACGAGCUAUGGUCGAUUCCGUCCAAUCCCAUCAUCAUAAAAGAGAGGACGAAGCCCACGCUAAACCUCAACCGUUGUACGGCAUCGUCUUGUAUGACUUUCAGGCUGAAAGAUCAGACGAAUUGGACGCCAAAGCAGGAGAACCGAUCAUUAUUAUCGCCCAAUCAAAUUCAGAAUGGUUUGUAGCCAAACCCAUUGGUCGCCUUGGUGGUCCAGGUUUGAUCCCUGUCUCCUUUGUAGACAUUCGAGACGCUUCGACGGGACGUACAGUAAAAAACGACGUGAUGCAUACACCUUCCAAUUCAGUAUUUCCAAACGUCGAAGAUUGGAAGAAACAAACACAAGGCUAUGAAGCAUCGAGUAUUUCACUUGGACAAAUCGAAAGACAGAUGCAAACAGUGGCAAUCUCGGAGGAAGAGGAAGAUCCUGUGAAUGACUAUUAUAACAUGAAGGAUAGUCCACACCCAGACGCCAUGUUGAAUAAUUAUGGCAUGACACAUCUUGUGAAUACCUCAUCUUCUUCCCUGAUCGAUUCCCCUAUACCUACAUCAACCAUUUCCGCCACCAGAAGACAUACAGAUGAAGGCUCUAUGGUCACAUCCGCUUACAUCGAUUCACAUAUUCUGGAGGGCGAUCAAUACUGGUUUAUUGUAUUUGCUACUUUGGCUAAUGGAAAGCACCGUGUGUUAUAUCGAUUAUACGAAGAUUUCUAUGACUUUCAGAUAAACUUUUUGCAAGAGUUUCCAGCAGAGGCAGGCAAACAAGAUCGUGAUCGAAUUUUGCCUUACAUGCCGGGACCGUUGGAUUCAGUCAAUGAUGAUAUCACAGCUGAUAGAGCCCGGGAUCUAUCAAAGUACUGCGACGACCUUAUCAAGUUACCUCGAUAUUUGUCUGAAAGUGCAUGGGUUCAAGAUCAAUUAUUUGGUAUUCAUGAAGGUGAUAUUGAGACGGAUUUGGAUCCUGGUAUUGGUCGACGAAACGACUCACCCAUUUUACAAGCCUCGACAGCUGCACCGCUAGCACCAGCACCGUCAUCAUCAUCAGCAGCGGCAUCAGUCACGGGGGGAGCAACAAAGAGUACGGUAAAGGUUAAAAUCAUUUACAAGGAUGAGAUUUUUGCCAUCAAGAUACCAAGCUCAAGUACAUUUGAGAUUUUAAAGAGCAAGAUUAUUGAUCGACUUGGUUUUCAUGCUCAGCUUCAAUCCAAGGAGCCCAAUGGUUUGGUAGAAUUAAAUCAUGAUAUAUUCGAAUCCGCUUUGAGAUUAGGAAAGUUAACCGUAGUUGCUUCUUAAUUUUUUUUUUUUUGUUUCCUUUUUUUUUACCUUACUAUUAUCUAUUAUUACUACUACUACUACUAUUUACCUUAAAACUGAUUAUUUGUGUACAGUUUUAUCAAAAAUAAAAAAAAAAUACACAUCCUUGUCCUAUAUGCUCAUGCACGAGGACAUAAAAGAGCAGCUGUUUCAGCAGCGGCUUUUUGUACUUUAAAAUUCGCCAAAAAAAUAUCAGUUUCAUUGAACGAUAGAUACUAACGCGGUCUUUCUCAUCCACGAUAAAUAUUCAUUGCAAGCAAUGUAAUGAUUGAGCAUAUCCAAUGACACUUAUCACUUUCAUAGCCAUCAUGACUGAGUGAUGAAGACAAUGCCAUUUUAAAUGCCUUUUGCAAGAUACAGCUAGAGAGUACAAGCGGAUGGUACGUACCUGUGCUACAUACACCACAUAGGCUCAUAUUUAUUGCAUAUUGAGGAG